GAAUCGUUGCUGGGACAGUCGCGAGUGUGGCUGCAGCCGUCCCGCAGAUACUCCCGGCUCUAGCGAAAACGAUCCCCGUGGCGUACGCAGGAUGGUGCGAAGGAACAAUCAGAGAGGACACGCGGAGGUCCCGAAGGCUCUGCCGGAGCGCGGUCCCGUGGCGGCUCUGAUAUACUGGCGUGAUCCCAAGACAUCGGGAAUAGUGUUUGGCGUGGUCCUGGGUGUGCUCCUGUCGUUGGCCUAUUUCAGCCUGAUCAGCGUAUUCGCUCAUCUGUCGCUCUUAGUCCUCGGCGGAACCAUUCUUUUCCGUAUCUACAAAACCGUUCUCCAAGCUGUGCAGAAGACUUCGGACGGUCACCCGUUCAAGGACAUUCUCGACUUGGACCUGGCGUUACCGGCUGAGAAGGUGCACGAAUUCGCAGACGUCGCGGUCGCACACGCUAACGCUGCCGUUAGUGAAUUGCGCAGGCUGUUCCUCGUCGAAGACUUUGUCGAUUCCCUCAAGUUCGGCGUCCUUCUGUGGUGUCUCACCUACGUCGGUUCUUGGUUCAAUGGCAUGACUCUCAUCAUAAUCGGCGUGGUCGCUCUCUUCACGCUGCCUAAGAUCUAUGAGACGAACCAGGAGCAGAUCGAUCAGAAUCUGGCCUUGGUACAGGCGAAAAUCAACGAGAUUACCGCCAAGGUGAAGGCGGCGAUCCCCCUCGGUAAGAAAGCUGAGCCGAUAAAGGAGGAAUAAGGAAGAGUCGUGCGAGACGAUAAAGCAGCGGACAGCCGAGACAGCAGCAGAAAUAGAAAUGACUAAGUUAGAAAUGAACGAGACAGAGAAAUGCGAAAAGUGCGAGAAUAGUGUGAGUUUGAGAGAGAGAGAGAAAGAGAGAGAGAGAGAGAGAGAGAGAGAGAGAGAGAGAGAGAGAGAGAGAGAGAGAGAGGGAGAAAGAGCGCAUGCGAAAACAGGACAAUUCUACGAUCGGGAGAGGGCUCACGUCGUGUGCACACGUUGACCUAGGCCCCGUUGGGUUAGUUGGGUGCGUUGGUGACGGGAUAAUUGACAGGCGCGCCGGUAUCUCCGCGAACUUGGCCGUCGUAUUCCGAAGGAAGAAAAUAUCUGAGUUAUCAUUUUCCAAGGUAGGUCGACCGGCGAGAUUAAACGGUCGCGCGCGCGCGCGCAUCGACAUUCUAAUCGGCAGAGCGAUCCUUCAUCGAGGAUAUAAACACCGCGGGAGAGAGAGAGAGAGAGAGAGAGAGAGAGAGAGAGAGAGAGAAAGGGAGAGAGAGAGAGAAAGAAGAGAGAGAGAGAGAGAGAGAGAGAAAGAGAGAGGCAACACUUAGCAUUAAUUAAUCGUUCAUUAUCACGGUAAACAAUGAUGGCGUAUUUUUAGCCAGCUAUAUUAACAGUGCAAUGUGUGCGGGGCUGCUCUCGAAGAACAGAUCAGCCCUUCUCCUCGCCCUCCCCUCUUUUUCGUCAAAUGUAUUCUUCGACAAAUGUGUUUUACGAUUAUCGCAAACUUCGUGUCUUUACCUUUACCCGAUGAUGUCCUCUGUUCCUUUACGCAGAGUGAGUGCUUGUAUAUGUGUGCGUGUGUACGCAUGUAUGUAUGUAUGUAUGUAUGUAUGUAUGUGCGCAUGCACAUAUGCAUGCGCGUGAAAAAGGGAGAGAGAGAGAAGGAACAAGCGAAAGGAAAAGGGUGAAUGAGGGAGUAUUAUGAAUGCAACAGUGUUGCACGCGACUUAUCGUAAUCCCGUCUUCGGAACAUCAUAUUCGAUUAAAUUGGAUGAUUGUUCGUGUACCGAAAGAGAAUUUACCGACGUACUCGUUUAAGGUAUGACGCGACAGUAAGGUAGUGAGAACGGGGGGAGUGGCGGAGGGGGUCUCGUGACGACGCAACGUUCGAACGGGACGACGAGGCGACAAACACAAGAAACGUUCGACGUUUGAUCGAAGAGAGAUCGUUUCUGCCCUUCAGCGCGAAUAGAUCUUAAAGUAACUGUCCACUUUUUCCAGCGAUUCCCUUCCCCCCGAAGCUCCUCGAUGUUUUAAGUUGUUGUUACGUUUGGGAGAGAGUCGAAUGAACGCGAUUGAACGACCAGUUGAAUUAUGCGAAGAAAAGAAAACGUAUAUAUUGCAUCUGUCUCUUAAUGACGUUGACGUUUGCAUAAUAUUAUUGCUACUGCAUUAUUAAUUGUAAAUGCACCGUUACAUACGCACACACGCGUGUACCACGUACAUUACCGUCAGAAAGUUCUGGGACACUGGCUCAGAUAUUAAGUACUUUUAUAUAAUUUAUACAUAUAAUACACAAAUACACACACACACACACUUAUUUGUAUAAUUUAUUAAUAUUAAAGGAAUCGUGAAGCGUAAUAUUAUAAAUUAUACACACGCGUCAUGUCUCUAUUUAUUACUGUAUAAGGUUAUGAGGAUAUGAUACAUACACACAUAUAUAUAUAUAUAUAUACUGUAUAACUUAUGAAGAGUGAUAUGAAGAGUGUGAAUUUGUCUGGAAAAAUUCGCUUCUCGUUGCUCCGUGUCGCUGAGUUGUUCGACGGUAGUGUAUGCACAUAUGCGUAUAUACGUACGUUUCUGGCCGCAUGUGUAUGCGCGCAGACGCGCGCGUGUGUAUGUAUGUGAGGGAGGGACGGGUUAGUCAAGUCGAAUCGAACGAUCCUAAACGGUAACGAGGUACGGAACACACUAGACGGUGGACGAUGAAGAUGCAACUUUAUAUUAUAUCG